AUGUCCCUCCCUACCACAAGCCGCAAUUGGCGGAGGACUCAGGAUGGGAAAUCAAUCGAGCUUGUCUCUGAGAAGCUUCCAAGCACAUUGGGCUCAAAGGAAGUCCUGCUCCAAAUCCAUGCAGUCUCUCUCAACUAUCGCGAUAUCGCCAUGUUGGAUGGUAGCUAUCCAAUGAACGUCAUUGAUCGCGGAGUGCCUUGCUCAGAUGCAUCGGCAACCGUCGUUGCAGUCGGUAGCUCUGUCGAAACAUUCAAGAAAGGCGAUCGUGUUGCGCCGUCCUUCACCCAUGGAUUCGUAACGGGUCAAGAGAAGCGCGCCAAAUCAAAGUCCUUAGGCGGCGACCUUGAUGGGGUGUUGAGAGAAUAUGCCAUCUAUGAGCACCAAUUCUUGACCAAGGCUCCUGACUAUCUGUCUCACAACGAGAUCUCCACCAUAGCUUGUGCGGGUGUCACAGCUUGGACUUCUCUUGAUAUGGAAAAUCCGAUCUCCACUGCAGAAUAUGCGCUCAUGCAAGGCACCGGUGGUGUGAGCAUCUUCGCUGCUCUCAUCUGUGUUGCGGCCGGUAUCACCCCGAUAGUCACAUCAUCCUCGGACGAGAAGCUCGAGCAGAUAAAGGCACUGGGUACCGAGAAUACCCCUGUCCUAGGGAUCAACUACCGUACUCACAAGGAUUGGGCUGGCGAGGCACGCCGCCUCACGAACGAGGGUGGAGUUGAUAUUGUAGUCAACAAUAUUGGGAUCAACGCCAUGCAAGAGAGCAUCGAUGCCUUGUGUCUUCGAGGAGGCAUAGUGUCCGUCGUAGGAUUUCUCGGAGGUAUUCCAGAGAUGGUAAAAGAUUUCAUCAUGCCUGCCAUGUUCAAGACUGCAACCAUCAAGGCAAUCGGCGUUGGCUCAACAAAAGAUCAACAAGAYCUCUGUAACUUUUUGGCCAAGCACAAAAUCGACCUCGAGCCACUGGUAGACAAGGUCUUUGAGUUCGAGGAUGCUCAGGCUGCAUUCAAGCAUCUCAGUUCUGGAGCUCAUGUCGGCAAGAUUGUCAUCAAGGUCCGUUGA